CAGGAGGGGGAGCAUGAAGGAAGAAAAUGACAGACAGUGACCACGAACCAUCCGUGCACGUCUGCGCCGUGUGCCGUAUUUUCCAAACAGUUAAUAAAUACGCCACCUUAAUCUUUCUUGUACAAAUUAAUUGGACCGCAUUGUAUAAUUCAUACGUAAUAAACAGUCGAUCGUGUUGCUGUUUUCUUUUCUUGCUGCACUGCCUGCUUUCUGACUGUGAUUAUGGAUAAAGCGAAAUCCAUUGUGGAGCAGAAUGGAGCAGAUGCUUGGUAUGCGUUUAACUCGCCACGUAUAAGCAACGGCACCACUAAUGCUUACAGUGCUGCUGGUAGUACCACUACGCCUACUAGUGGUGGUGCUAAAACAAGUUCUAGCAAUGGAACAGAGCAUUUCCACUAUCUUCAUCAGGACCUACACAAUCAUGGAUCCCCUGCAAAUAAAUGCAGAUUGAGGAGGAGGAUGGAUUCGGGAAAAAAGAACAGACCGCCUUUCCCCUGGUUUGGAAUGGACAUUGGCGGCACACUGGUGAAGCUGGUCUACUUUGAGCCCAAAGAUGUCACAGCUGAGGAAGAGCAGGAGGAGGUGGAGAACUUGAAGAGUAUCCGGAAAUACCUGACUUCCAACACGGCUUAUGGGAAGACAGGGAUCCGCGACGUCCACCUGGAGCUGAAGAACCUGACCAUGUGUGGCCGCAAAGGCAACCUGCACUUCAUCCGCUUCCCCACCCAAGCCAUGCACAGGUUCAUCCAGAUGGGCCGGGAGAAGAACUUCUCCAGCCUGCACACCACACUCUGUGCCACAGGCGGGGGAGCCUACAAGUUUGAGGAGGACUUCAGGGCAAUGGCAGAUCUGGAGCUGCACAAACUCGAUGAACUGGACUGUUUGAUUCAGGGGCUGCUCUACGUGGAUUCCGUUGGGUUUAACGGCCGUCCAGAAUGCUACUUUUUUGAAGACCCCUCUGAUCCCCAGAACUGUGUCAAGAGGACGUGUUGUCUUGACAACCCAUUCCCAAUGCUGCUGGUUAACAUAGGCUCUGGGGUCAGCAUCCUGGCAGUUUACUCGAAGGACAAUUACAAACGAGUGACUGGGACCAGCCUUGGAGGUGGAACGUUCCUGGGACUGUGUUGCUUGUUGACUGGCUGUGAGACAUUUGAGGAAGCUCUGGAGAUGGCAGCUAAGGGUGACAGUACUAAUGUGGAUAAACUUGUGAAGGAUAUCUAUGGGGGAGAUUACGGACGCUUUGGGUUACAGGGGUCUGCUGUAGCAUCCAGUUUUGGUCACAUGAUGAGUAAAGAGAAGCUAGAUACUAUCAGUAAGGAAGACCUGGCAAGGGCUACUCUCGUCUCCAUCACGAACAACAUUGGUUCCAUAGCUCGGAUGUGCGCAGUGAAUGAGAAAAUAGAGAGGGUGGUCUUUGUUGGGAAUUUCCUCCGAAUCAACAUGGUAUCCACCAAGCUGUUGGCCUAUGCCAUGGAUUUUUGGUCUAAAGGACAGCUCAAAGCUUUGUUUCAGGAACAUGAGGGUUACUUUGGAGCAGUGGGGGCCCUUCUGGAGUUACUGAAGAUGACAGAUGACUUCUAAAGAGAUGGCCUGCAAAUAGAGAGAGAAUCAAAGCAAGCAAACUGAUCUGUGUGGGAUAAAGCUGCUGUUAAUUUUAAGGAAGCCACUACCAGAAAUGGGAAAAGCCAUUUUGUAUUUUAAAACUGUAAAUAUUGUUAAUUUCUCCUUCUAGUGUUCCCAGCAGAGGUAAAGUUUUAUGAACUAAUUUAAUCCAUGGAAUAUAUAUAUUUUAAAGUGCGCUAAGGCCAAAAUCUACUGCCUUUUUUUAAAUUAUUGUUACUCGUGUGGAUACCAGAAUACUUGCUGUAGACAAAGGACUUAUCUGAGAAAACUGACCUAUAGUAAGAUUAAAUCUAGAUAUCUACUGUCUCACUUGCUACAGCCUAAGCCUCUACUGGCAAAUUAUGUUGACCAUGGCUAUUUCAGCUCUGACAAGUGUAAGGGGACCAAGUGGUUGACUCUGGUCUCACUAGGAUUUGCCUGUGCUCUGGGCAGUAUUUUGGUUGAGUUUGCCUUGCAAAUGAGCAUCCAGGCUACAUACUACACCCGCCCAGGGAUGUUGCUUCACCAGCAACCUCGCAAUCCAAAGCCACUGAUGGUCACUGAUGUAAUUAGUAAAGUUAUUGAUUGUGUUGUCUUUGAAAUAUUGUGGGGCAGGGAAUCACUGUAGGCUAACUGUACCAGUAUGUCAAAAUCCUGGAACUUGAUAGCCAAAGUCUGGCUUGCUGUUUUGUGCGUUGCAGUGGUAUUUAUCCAGUAGGCUAAGAAGAUCAAAUGCGUUAGCCGAACCCCAGAGGAGCUACUAAACCUGACUUGCAAGGUUUCUGUAAAGCACAAAUCUAAAUAUUAUGUAAGAGACGAUAAUAUCAUGUGCCUGCUGGUCUUGCUGAUGAGAUUGAUGAUUGGAUCACUCCCAGCAGAGGCAAAUUUCCUGAAGCUAACAGCAUUACCACAUACUUCCUAACAGUAGGGAGCAGUUACUAUCCUUAACUAAUAGAGGGCUACUCAGAUACAUACUUCACUUUCUGAUUCAGUAGCCCUUAUCACCUACAAAUGUAGUUGUCCAACAUACUUUUAUAAAUCAAUCAAUCAAUUAAUCUUUAUUUUAUAUAGCGCCUAUCAUAGUGGACCACCUUUACAAAGUGCUUUA